ACCAAGUCAAGAAAUUAGAUUAAACAUUGUUCAUGACGAUUUUCAAAUUCCUAAAAGCUUGAAACAUAUUCAGCUUCGACCAUCUCGACUUCCUAAUACAAUCCCGUCGAUAUUUCAACCCUUAAAUCAAUCUUCUCGAAUUAGUCGAAAUGAGGCUCAAAAUAUUGUUUAUUCGAGAUGGAAAGCUGUUGAAGAAUUUAUUAAUUCGGCUUGUCAUCAACAACCUUUAGACAAUUCUAAAUUAGAACAUGUAGAGAGUCUAUGUAAUAAUGCGUUGGAUGACGCUCUUAGGGUGGAUUUACAAGAUUUGGAAGAUGUUAUACGGGUCUUGAUAGAUCAUUCACGAUGGUCAUUUUUGAAUGUCUAUAACGCAGAUUAUGACCAUGAAUCUAUAUAUCAAAAAGAAUUUGAUGCUAUUUUCAGCAUGGAACAUGAUGAUAUGAGAAACUUACGCGUUUCAACUCAUAAGUUGAUCAAAGCCCUCGCUUUGUUAGAUAAUAAAAACACGGAAACUUCACUUAGAGUUUUGACUAAACUCAAAAACUUGAAGUGGGCACAUCAAGUAAUUGGAUGUUUGAUAGUUGGAUCAUUGU